AUGAUGGCCUAUAACAACAUCAGUGGUAGCAUACCACCAGAGUUUGGAAAUUCAACUCAACUACAAAGGCUUGAUCUUUCUUCCAAUCAUCUGGUAGGUGAAAUCCCAAAGGAGUUCGGGAAGAUGAUAAGUAUGCUGAAUUUGUCCUUGGCUAAUAACCAACUUUCAGGUAUUAUACCUCCAGAGCUCGGAUUUUUAGAACUGCUUGAAGUACUCGAUCUAUCUGCAAAUAGAUUGAUUGGGUCAAUACCAAGAAGUAUUAGUCAAUGGGAACAUAUCCACUACUUGAAUCUUAGUAAUAACAUGCUCGGUGAGAAAAUUCCAUCUGAGAUUGGCAAAUUAGUUCAACUUACAGAAGUUGAUUUGUCUCAGAAUUUGCUCACUGAAGAGAUACCAUCUGAAGUUGAAAGUUUGAAAAAUCUACAAAAGUUGAAUCUUUCUCACAAUAGACUAUCUGGUUCCAUUCCUAACGCUUUUACAAGUUUGCCCAGUGGGAUUGACAUCGACCUGUCCAACAAUGAGCUCACAGGUCCAGUUCCCCCUUCCUCUAACUUUGUCAACGCUUCCUUACAAGGCAAUCCAGGUUUGUGUGGAAAUUUUACAGGACUAAAAUUAUGUGCAAGUCAAAUCAUGAAGAAGAAAAAUGAUCCCUUUCAUCAUCAACUCAUCCUUGUAAUUAUGCUCCCUCUUAUCGGGGCAAUUUUACUUGGUUUUUUCAUGUGUGGCCUCAUUGUUUAUCGAAAACAAAAGAGUCAUUCUCCACAGAAACCGUUGGAUAAUAAAGGUGGUGAUUAUUUCUCCAUAACAAGUUUCGAUGGAGGAGUAGCAUAUGAUGACAUCUUGAAAGCAACGGAAAAUUUUGAUGAAGCAUAUGCUAUUGGGACCGGAGGAUAUGGGACUGUGUAUAAAGCCCAGCUACAACCUAACAAUGUGGUAGCUGUCAAGAAACUUCACUCAGGAUCUGAGAAUGUUGAUCAUAAUGGAUUCCUUAAUGAGGUACGAGCAUUAACGAACAUAAGGCAUCGAAACAUAGUGAAACUCUAUGGAUAUUGCUCACAUGCCCGCCACUCGUUUUUGAUUUAUGAAUACCUUGAAAAGGGAAGCCUUGGAUCAAUCUUAAGGAGCGAUGUCUUAGCAAAAGAAUUGGAUUGGUUGAAAAGGGUAAGUAUUGUAAAGGCUGUUGCUAAUGGUUUGGCUUAUAUGCAUCACGACUGCUCACCUCCUAUAAUUCAUAGAGAUAUUUCCAUUGCCAACAUCCUUCUUGAUUCUGAUUAUGAGGCACAUAUUUCUGAUUUUGGCACAUCCAAGCUUUUAAAGCUAGACUCAUCCAACUGGACCGCAAUUGCUGGGACCUAUGGUUAUAUCGCACCAGAGCUUGCUUAUACGAUGGUGGCAACCGAGAAAUGUGAUGUGUAUAGCUUUGGCAUUGUUGCACUAGAAGUGAUCAUGGGAAAGCAUCCUGGUGAACUGCCAACAUUGUCUGCUGAUUAUCUGGUGUUAUCAAAUGUAGGAGAUAGUCGGAUUCCACUUCCUUCACCACAAGUUGAGAAACAAGUAAAUUUGGUACUCAAUCUCGCAAGAGCAUGUUUGAACUCGAAUCCAAAAGAAAGGCCAACAAUGCGCCAAGUUUCAAAUCAGUUCAUGAAGGAUCUGCUUUGAAUCAACAUCUCUGGUUGCCUGAUACUGUGUACUUCUCAUGUUUAUUUUUCUUAAGUUUCCUAUGAUGCAUCUAGAAUAUAUG